UUUCUAUAUUCAGCACAACACAUUUAGAUCAAACUCGUUUCAACAAGUACUACACUGACUAUGUUGGCUUUGGUACUCUUUAACGUCGGCUUUGCCUUGGUUGCAGGUACCUUAAGGGUUGUUCCGGAAGAAUGCUAUCCAGUGUUUAGUUGUUCUCGCAGAUUUCUAGAUGUUGGAAGCUUCUUUUAUGAUGGCGAUACUUUAAAAGAUGUCAGCGAAGAAACAGUUGACAAGCUAUGUCAACAUUUGAAGACAAAAACCAUUUGUAAGGAGGCGGAUAAGUGUAAAGAUAUGCAUUUUGUUAUUGACAUGAUGGCUGAAAUAGAAACAGCUGUUUGUGUUCAGUAUAAAAGAUACAUUCAAGUUUUAACACCAUGCUACAAUGACCCAGAGUUCAGAACAAAAUUCGUGAAAUGUGUCCAAGGUUCUUUUACAGGCUAUAGUCCAAAUACGUGUGGGUUUGUGGACAGCCUAAAAAACUGUGCUUCCAUGUUCCAGCAGUGUAAAGACGCACAAUAUGCAUUUGCUGUUCAAAAUAUGCUCGACAAAUAUGGUACAACACUAUGCAAUCUUCACAAAUUCAAUAUUGGAGCAAUUUAAUUUCAGCUCAAUCUUAUAUGAAUUUUGAUCUACCAUGAAUAAAAAUAUCUUGUAACACCGAGAA